CGUACCUACCUAGCUACACCAACAGUUUAAGAUAUUCGUAGUAAUCCACUGUUCACUUACACCUGUCGUGAUCUUUACUACAUUCAUUCAUUUUGCGCGAUAUUGUAAACAAAUUACAACGUUAGUAAGCAUUCUCGUGAAAGUACUCGUAUUUUGUUCAACUCGCCAAUAUUUGAACAAGAUAGACAAUGGUUUCAUUAAGAUUAGCUACGUUUGCUAUUUUUGCCUCAGUUAGUGUAACAAUUGUUCAAUGCGACUUUUUCGAAGAUUUGGGCCACAGCAUCGAAGGAGCUUACGAUAACGCGAAAAAAGAAGUUGGCCACUGGGGUGAAGGCAUCGAAGGAGCUUACCACAACGCGAAGGAAAAAGUUGACCACUUACUCGACGAUACAGGAGUCACAAAAACCGUUAAAAGUGGAGUACAAAAAGUCGAAGAAGGUACUUCAGAUGGAAUCAAGUAUAUAGAAAAAACAUUCGAAACCACAAAACGAAAACUGUCCAAGGUCGUUAAAGAUAUUAAGAGAGAUUUAGAAUGACGGUGAUUGUAAUUUAUAUACUAAAUCUAUAUUGUACAUAAAUAAUUUAUAUAUAUAAUUUUUAUGCUUAAA